UUAUUAUUAAGUCACGCUUUUGAGCAAUACAAACAACAUCUGUUGAUCUUAAAAGCAAUUUGUCAGACGCUUUGGCGCCUGCUUAAUAUACAAAAAAAGUUAUUUUUAAAAAAACAUUUAAGGGAAACGACAGUCAAAAUGUCUCCAAGAAAAUCAAGGUCCAAUGUUGAUCGUAAAAAGUUCAAUAAAUGUGCUUACUGCAGAAAUCAUCGUGAGGAAAGCUUGGCAAAGGGCCAUAGAGGAAAAUGCCGAUACAACAACAAAGGUCAUUUUGAAGAAUGUAUAGACUGUAAACAAAAUUAUAGAAAAACAGUAAACAUGCAAAGGUAUCGCGAAAAUAAUUGUGAAUGUAGAUUCGAUGAGUCAAACGUGACAAGUGGAACUGGAGAAGAAGUCAUUGCUAGAUUCGAUGAUGAUCAUUUAGACAUUGAAUAUGAUUACGAGACCUUAUCUUUAAAGGAAGAACACCUUAAUUAUUCAGAUGACAGCAAUGAAUUAGCAAAUUCUGACUGCAUAAAUUCUGGUUCAGGUGAAUCUGAAUUCACCAUAAUCAUAAUGCACAGCAAUUACCCGUUCAGAUUUUUGUCAAAAGAAUAUGCUGAUCAAUUUAUGGCCGAGAUUGAAAAUUUUCCAGAAACUUCGACAGCUGCUGAUCUUAAGAUUCAAUAUAUAUUCUUUGAGAAAGGCUACAUAAAAGUUGUAUGCUUAGAUGAAGAAACUAGAAGAAAGGUUUUAAAACUAGCAGAAGAAUUUAAGCAUAGAUAUCCGAGACCAAAAAUAAUAGCUAUUAAUGGAUUAGAUCUUUUAACAAUUAUAAAGAUGUCAUGCAAACUAUGCAAUAAGCAAAGCAUAUUUUUAAAAGGCGAUGAAUUUUUGAAAGAAAUUCAAGAAAGAAACAAACUUGAUACAUCGUCAUGGAUUGUCGAUGAAGGUCCAGAACCGUCUGCUUAUCAAAAAGUUUGCUUCUCUGUUGACAUUUUUGGUGCUUUUUAUAUUAGCUCAAGAGACUUCUAUCUUGACAUAAAAGGAGAAUGCGUUCGAGUUUGUGUGAGAAGUAAAAGAGAACUCGAAGUCAUGUAUGCUUCAUCGUUGCUGUAAUUGUAAAAAAAUAUCGAGUUGAUGAAAAAUGAACUUACUCUGGAAUCACCCUUAAGGUUCAUAAAGUUCAGCUCAGAAAACACCAUCCCCCAGUUGAUAAGUAAUUGAUAUUCACAAAAAUAAGCAUUUUAUAUUUUAUAAUAUUUUAGGAAUUCCCAACUUAAAAUGCUGAAAAAGGAAUUUCUU